AUGAAAUGUCAGCCAAGAAUACGACACAUACCUGCAAUACAAACGGUGAUUUUGGACUUCGAUGAAAAUUUCAAUGCAUCGUUAAAAACAUGUAUGAUUAAAUACGCAAACUCCAUUAAUUCUGUAGUACUAAUUAACAAUAACUACACAAGUCCUUACGCUACGCUAGAAAGAUGUAAAACCGAUGACCAUCCGACCAUAGUAAUAUUAACUAAACAAAUAACUACAGCGUUGCUUGAUACACCUUCAGUCAGGGGAAUCCUCAGAUCUCAACGUUCUGUACUAACUAUUGCUGUAACAGACGAAAAAAAGUUUACGUGUAGAAAUGAUUCAAUGACUACAAGUGACUUUCUUUACUUGGAAGCCUUCAUGAACGAACUUUGGCAUAAAUAUAAAAUCGCUCAUGUAAGCAUCAGUUUCCCUUUGAGUUGCUACGGUAAACUUGCAGUCUAUGGUAAUAAAAGAAAUACAAAUGAGGGAGUAUACGACAGAACAAUAAUGUUAAUCAGGACUGACGAUGAUGAAAAAUUACAGGAGAUUUUUGGGCAAAAAAGAAUCAUGUUAACUGAAGGUUAUCCACUAAAAGCUAAUAUUUUUGAAAGAAUUCCAACGUCCACACGACUUUACUGUGAUAAACUACAUUAUUAUAAUAAUAAAAUUAACCUGAGUAUUACUGACGGUUACUGCGGUUUAGACGCUUUCGUAAUGCAUACUAUAGUGGAACAUUUCAAAUUUAAAUUGGAAUUGGGACAUAUAAAUCACAUAUACACGACACUAGUACGAUACAAGACUAUCAACAAAUUGGCUGAACUCUUUAAGUCUGACAUUGUUUUAUAUGUUACACCAUCGAUAUAUGAGAUCAUGAAACAGAUAUAUAAUAAAGAAAAUGACGAUGAGCGUAAUUUUAUAAACAGAAUGAUUAAGAUUCCUAAAAAAGGAUUUUCAUUAGAUAUACUGCUCAAAAAACCUAAAAGCGCACUUGCAGGUAGACAGAAAGACAUGCAUAUAGAGAUCUUUACUAAUUACAUAACUGGAGAAAGCAAGCAACCGCUUAUCCAUAUCAUGAACGAAUGUCUCAGGACAUAUUAUUUAUCCUACAUUGGUCGUCCAGGUUUUCCGUUUGUCGAGGAGCUACAGAGGCUCAUGCUACGAGUGCGAGAAGCAGGACUAGAUGAAAUUUACUAUGAGUGGACAUGCGGCAUGUAUCGUGUCCCGUCGAAUUUGCCUGAAAUUCGCAGUGAACCUCGACUUUUCCACAGCAUUACUUUACAACAACUACAAGUAGCUUUUGGUUUACUUAGUCUUGGUCACAUUAUAUCUCUAUAUAUAUUUAUUAUUGAAGUUUUGAAAGGAGGAGGAAACCGUUAA